GGAGGACCUGUCCUAAAAAGCAAGACACGUGUCAUCUGGCAGAUGGGUCAUCAGGUGAUCAAUUUACCCAGAUGAGAAUUUUACCGUUAGAUCCUGAUGAAUUAAAAGAUCAAAAUGCCGCAUUAUCAAAUUUUAUUAUGCAGUUAAUGUAUUUUAUCAAACCCAAAUUUUACAAUUGUAGAUUUUAUUUUCACAACGUGUUAACUAAAGUUACCCACCUACAAUAUCCAGAUUCUAAGAUCACGACUCAGAUAUCUGGCCAACCUGUGGGUAAUCCGGUUGCAACUGACCUGAAUUGGAUUCUGAAUCCAUCUAGGUGGAUGCGAAAUGUUGACCAGAAUUAA